GAUACGUUUCAGGACUGGAGUAGAGCGAACCCUGCUCCUGAUCUAUUACCGAUUUAUAGCUGGCACAGGGGAAAUCCCCACCUGUGGGCUUCACCUCCGGCACCGAUGCGGUUUACAUUACAAGGAACGUGUCUUAUGCUAACCUGAUGUGGGGGUAGGACCCGGUUUGAAACCGAACUCCCCGGCAAUGCCUGGGACGAGGAUCAUUUUAACUUCUGGAUCAGUGUUGAUCGAACGGUCGUAAAGAGGUCCUAGCAGGCGAUUGGCGUUAUUACCCCGUCUUUAGAGUCUGCUGUUUCGAAUCAAUGGCAUUCCCUACUAGGAGGAACUAACCGGACUCUACUUUAGCUGCUCCGAGUAUAGUAACGCAGCGUAGUGACUGCGGGGUAGUGCGGCCGUAGGGUGCACGUGAAACAAGUGGCUUGCUUCCAGUAGCAGCCAUCGGAUCGCGGGAGAAGCGGGGUCCCCUCUGUGUCAUAGACCCCCAUUGUGAACGAUUCCGAUGGGUUCUGUACACGACCUGUCCCAGCUCCGGAGCUUGUUCUUCGCUUGCGAUGUGAAUGGCUCCGGGCUGGUGGAGCUGGAGGAUUUCGCCUCGGUGUGCACGGAGCUCGGGGUCCACUCCAGCCAAAUACGACCCUUAUUCCGCAAGCUGGACAUGGACCGGGACGGGAUCAUAAACUUCCAGGACUUCUCUGCCCGGUUCGAGGAGGUUUCCGAAGUCCUAAACCUGUCUGCCUUCCAUACACCUGAAGCACCCGCUGCCUGGGAGGAGCUGGACAGCCGGCUUGGGGGAGAGCUGGGGCACCUGGCCAGUGCCACCAAAGAACGGUUGUUGAACUUGCAUCAGAACAUCCAGGGAGUUUCUGUACCCGGACUUCUUGAGCAAUACGAGAAGCUGAUCGAGAAUGUGUCAUAUGACUUUCGGGCUCAGCGGCUCAACGUCGAAAAGUUGGAAUCGGUCCUGAAAAGAACAGAGGAGACAACAGCUAUGCAAAUGGCUGAAUUAGAAGAAGACUUACAACAUCACUUGACCAAGAUGAAACAUCAGAUCCGUGAGGAGGAGCAGCACAAACAUGAGUUUGCCAUCCAGGACCUACAAGCAAAGCAUGAGGUGGAGAUAUCUGACCUGCAGGCACAGAUUGAGAGGCUGGCAAAGCAAGAAGAGGAGAAAAGAUUCAUGGAAUCCAAAGAAGAAUGCACCAAGCUGAGAAACAAAGUCUUUGAUUUGUCACAGGAGAACGAGUUCUUGAAGCGGAAUUUAUUAGAGACCCAAACCAAUGUCUCGUUGUUGCAAACUGAGCUGGACAAAUUGAAGAAUAACUUUACUGAACAGCAGAUGCACCAUGAGAGAGAGAAGGAAAUGCUAAACUCGAUGAUAGAUGAAAGCAGAGAGUACAUCAAUAAAAUCCAGAUACUAAAUGAAGCCAACAAGUCUCUGUAUGACAACAAUGACAGCAUGCGGUCUGCACUCACAACCAUCGAAAAUGAAAGAAAACGGCAUUCCUCUCCCAACAGUAAUAGAGAUACUCCUGUGAUUACCUACAGCAGAUAUGCGGCUGAAGAAGAUCCUUACCUGAGGUUGUCUGAUGUUGCUUUGUGGGCUGACAAGUGUGUAGACAGUGGGGUUUCACUACCCCGCAGCAUGGGUUACAGCGAUGUGGAGAGCUGCCCUAGUGAAUACGGAAGUGAACACAGUAACAGUUCGGAGGAGCCCUGGGGAGAAAGUGCUUCUUACUUGAAUUCUGAUGGAGAGGCACUAGAAACCAGGUCGGAGAUAGCUGGAAGGAUAAAGUGGACUCCGUCCCGACCUGUAAGCCGUAGUGGCUCCACCGUUUCCUCGAAGAGGCGACUCCCUGCAUUUACGCCAAAAAAAGAAGGGAUGGUGUUGGAGGAAGGGUCUCAGACUUCCAGUCCGAUAUACAGACUUGUGCUUGCUGGGGAUGCUGGCUCGGGGAAAUCCAGUUUCCUCUUACGGCUGUGUUUGAACGAGUUCAGAGGAGACAUUGCAACCACGUUAGGGGUCGAUUUUCAGAUAAAGAAGCUCAUGGUUGAUGGAGACCAUACAACGCUACAGAUCUGGGACACGGCCGGCCAGGAAAGGUUCCGCAGUAUAGCAAAGUCUUACUUCCGCAAGGCACACGGUGUUCUGCUAGUGUAUGACGUUACCUCCGAAGCCAGCUUUCUCAAUGUGCGGCAGUGGAUUGAUGAGAUUAAGAACUCGUCAGACAAACCUAUCCCAUUGAUGCUCAUUGGAAAUAAAACAGACAUGAGGCCUGAGAGAACGGAAUCGGGCUUUAUUCAUACCUCAAUGGGGGAGAAGCUGGCCAUGGCCUAUGGCUCCCUCUUCUGUGAGACGAGUGCAAAGGAUGGGACCAACGUGGUGGAAGCCGUUCUUCACCUUGCGAGAGAAGUAAAGAAGACGGUGGAUCCGACAGAGGAAAAUGCAGACACCGUGACCAAACUCAGUAUUCCAGAAAAAAAGGCCAAUUGUUGCAAGAUUUAGUCACACGCACAUGCCAAAACUUCCGCAGCGUGCCCAUCAAUGGAAAAAUAUGAAGGAAUAAAUACAAACUGGUCAAAAAAAGCUUUUCAAAUAGGACACGCUAACUGUGAAGGACUCUAUGCCUUAAGAAGUCACUUUGGACUAACAGAAGCUGCUGUAUUAAGACCGACUCGGUAAACGUUUGGUCACAGGUUACACAUCCAAAUCCCCAAGAUUGGGAAAUAGUUGUCAUGGGACCGAGACCCUCUGCGUGUGUGCUCAGGGGAAUAAUUAUUUCAUGUAUGAGGCAUUCUGUUCCGUUGU